CUUCAUAGCAAGCCAUUGUUUGGAGAAAAGAGUAACAAAAAAAUAAAAGAGAUGUUGAAUCUGUUGAUGAGAGAAGAGGUACUAUUGGUAGUGCAGAACUGUUACCACAUAAUCUUGGUCGCAUUAUUCACUAUAGGAGUAACAUAUUUCGCUUCAAAAGCAUGGAAGAGAGCUACAACAAACCAAAGAGAAGAGAUUCCUGGAAGAUUGGGACUGCCUUUUCUAGGGGAAACUCUUGCUUUUCUUUCAGCCACUAAUAGCACAAGGGGAUGCUAUGAUUUUGUCAGACUUAGGCGAUUAUGGAAUGGAAGAUGGUUCAAGACAAGGCUAUUUGGGAAGAUCCACAUAUUUGUUCCUAAUCCUGAAGGAGCAAGGACCAUAUUUGCCAAUGACUUUGUACUGUUCAACAAGGGUUACGUGAAAUCAAUGGCAGAUGCCGUGGGAGAGAAAAGCUUAUUAUGUGUACCCGUUGAGAGUCACAAAAGAAUAAGGCGUCUUCUAUCAGAACCAUUUUCCAUGACUUCCCUAUCCGCAUUUGUCACCAAAUUUGACAAACUAUUGUGUGGAAGGCUACAAAAGCUAGAAGAAAGCGGGAAAAGUUUCAAAGUGUUGAACUUUUAUAUGAAGAUGACAUUCGAUGCAAUGUGUGAUAUGCUGAUGAGCAUCACGGAGGAUUCAUUACUACGACAGAUCGAAGAAGACUGCAACGCCGACUCUGACGCCAUGUUAUCCAUUCCCAUCAUGAUUCCUGGUACCAGAUACUAUAAAGGCAUCACGGCUCGUAAAAGGCUCAUGGAGACCUUCAGAGAGAUCAUUGCCAGACGUAGGAGGGGAGAAGAAACUCGAGAGGACUUUCUUCAGUCCAUGUUGCAGAGAGACUCACUCCCACCCAGUGAAAAACUUGAUGACUCGGAGAUAAUGGAUAAUCUGCUGACAUUGAUAAUUGCUGGACAAACGACCACGGCAGCGGAAAUGAUGUGGAGUGUAAAGUUUCUACAUGACAACAGAGAAGCGCAGGACAUACUCAGGGUGAGAUGCUGCACAUAUUCUAGUCAAACCAUGGACCCAAACUCAACUAAGAUUAAUUACCAACCAUAA